UGACUCCGCUUCUCACCAUGUCUUCUCACAAGACCUUCAGGAUUAAGCUAUUCCUGGCCAAGAAACAAAAGCAAAAUCGUCCCAUUCCCCAGUGGAUUCGGAUGAAAACUGGUAAUAAAAUCAGGUACAACUCCAAAAGGAGACAUUGGAGAAGAACCAAGCUGGGUCUAUAAGGAAUUGCACAUGAGACAGCAC